AUGCUUCGACAGCAUAAACUCGUCCAACUCGUCUGCUGCGUCCUGGGCUUGCUGGCUUGGCCCCUAUUCGUGCUGUACCGCCGGCCAACAUUUGUGUAUCCGCACAUAUUGAAUAUGACUUCCGAGGACUAUAUUCCUAGCGAACUUAAUGAGUAUUUGAGCUGGACGAAAGCGUAUGCUUUCACACAUGUCAAUCAUAAAGAACAACAUAUGACAAUCCUUAUGGGCAACGAGGCAGGCGACCUUGAUUCAGCUGCAUCGGCAAUUGCCUUAAGCUAUGUGAUGAACCAUAGGCAGAGCUAUUUUACCACCAAGUAUAGUCUGCCACCCAGCGUGUAUGUGCCGCUGAUCCAGACACCCCGUUCCCAACUGCGCUACCGACAAGAGAAUCUCCUAGUAUAUCGAAGUGUGGGCAUUUCUGUUGACUCAUUGUUAUGCGUAGAUGAUCUUGGCGACCUGACUUCAACAGCAUUCAGUGCAGCGUCAAAUGUGUCGCUCGGCUUAGUGGAUCACCCAAGCUUACGUCCUGCUUGGAAAGGCAGCGGCAUCGGCAAUGCACGCCACGUCGAAGUAAUUGUUGAUCAUCAUGAAGAUGAUGGUGCACAUGAGGACGCCAAAUUACGAUUCAUAAGUUCACCCUCUCGCGAGCCCGUUGGGUCUGCGUCGAGUCUGGUCGCGAAACUCGCGAUGGAAUCUCGGCCCAACGGCAUCAUACCGUCCAAGCUAGCUGACUUGCUGCUCAGUGCCGUUAUUCUCGACACAAGAAAUGUACGUGGAUCUCCAUACGCGCGUGAAUAA